AUGAAGGCCGUGGUGGUGAACGGAAGCAAAGCACAGCUGGUCGACGACAGGCCACUGCCCCGGCUGCGCGAUGGGUAUCUGCUGGUCAAGCCACAGGCGGUGGCGCUGAAUCCGACCGACUGGAAGCAUAUCGCGUUCAAUCGAGCCAAGGACGGCUGCCUGGUCGGCUGCGACUAUGCAGGCGUGGUGGAGGAAGUCGGCCAGGGCGUCAGCAAGGCGUGGCGCAAGGGCGAGCGGAUUUGCGGCGUGGCUCACGGCACGAAUCUGGUGAAUGUCGAGGACGGCGUGUUUGCCGAGUACGCCGUGGUCAAGGGAGAUGUGCAGAUGCGCAUUCCUGAGUCGCUGUCGGACGAAAAGGCUGCCACUGUCUCGCUGGGCGCCAUCACGGUCGGUCAAGGCCUGUACCAGAAGUCGCUCAGGCUGAACCUGCCGACGGACCCGAUCCAAACCCAGGAAUAUGUCCUGAUUUAUGGCGGAGGCACUGCCACGGGCGGCCUUGCUGUCCAGUAUGCGAAGCUCUCCGGGUACACAGUCAUCACCAUCUGCGGUGCCGAUCAAUUCGAACACCUGAAAAGCCUGGGCGCCGACUACACCUUUGACUAUACCGACCCCCAAACCGGCGAGAAGAUCCGCACGCUCACGGAAAACAGUCUCAAGUACGCGUGGGAUACGAUCGCGAUCGAGUCGUCGGCGCAGAUGUGUGCCGAUGCUCUCUCCACGUACCCGGGCACGCGAUACGGCACCACCAACGCGGUCAAGAUGCCCCGUGACGACGUCAAGUCGACCUUCACCGUCAUGCACACCAUGUACGGCGAGGCCUUCACCUUCGGGCCCGUCGAGUUUGAGGCGUCGCCAGAGGACUUUGAAUUCGCGAAACUGUUCAUGGGCCUCACGGAGAAGUUGCUUGCCGAGGGCAAAUUGAAGACGCACCCUGAAAUCGUCGGGGAAGGAGGUCUGGCCGGCGUCAUCCAGGGCCUGGACGACCUGCAAUCUGGCAAGAUCCAUGGGGUCAAGCUGGUGUAUCGUGUUGCGGAUACACCUGAUGGAAAAUAG